CCGAAGGUCACACUGUCAGGGCGCCAAAUACAUUUUGGCGGAGUUUUGCGACUUUUCUGGUCACAUAUGAAGGACUGCCACAAGUGAUGGCUACUUACAACAUGAGAAGAAAAAGGAAACUGCAGCCCUCUCCUGAUAAAAAGAAGGCUGACAUCGCUUCUCCCAGGAAGAGACUAAGGACUAAAUCAGUUGAGCCAUCAACUCCCUCAUCUCCCAUCAAGAGUCCAUUCGCUGAUGCUGAUGCGGAUUCCCCAACGUUUGCUACCAAGUCUUUCUAUGGAUCCAGACGUAAGAUAGCAUCAAGUCCCUCUUCCUCAACAAGCAAUCCAGUUGUGGUGCUCAGCCCGUUGGCUGAAAGGAAACUGGCAAACAUCAGAGGUAAUACUAAAAGACUUCAAAAGAAAUGGAAAGAUGGCCAGACUAGUUCAGAAAAUGGCAGCCCAAGUUCCCAAGGCAGUGGCUACUCAAGAAGAUCCCUACGUAAUAAAGACCAAAAUGACAAGAAAAGUCAUGUUGUUAAAGGUAAUCUUGUUCAAGGUAAAGAAACUCCAGUCAAAGGACGAAAGAGGAAAAUUACAGUUACUAAGAAUGCUAAAGGUUCCCUGACGCCUUCCCUGAGGAAAAUUGAUCCAGAAGACUCUGAAAACACCCCUCUCAAACAGAAGAAAAUGAAUAAAACUUGUAAAAGUUCCGGAAAGAAGUUUUUCAGAACCAAAUCCCCAGCAAAUGCUGACAAAAUGGUUGGGAGUAUUGUUGUCAGGAAAGGAUUUAAUUUAAAAUUUGUCCCCAAAAGACUGAGUGGUAACCUGUGGGAAAAGUCGACCAAAUCCAAGAGUGCUAAAAAGGGAAAGAAAACCCCUCAGAGUAAAUACCCCAAACUGAAAAUGAAAGCCAGCAAAAGCUUGAAAGAAGAUGCUUUUCUUUGGGAGAGUGAGCCAAGCAGUGGGGAGAACACAGACAUUUCGACAUCUGGGAAAAGUAAGUCGAAGCCUUUUGUGAUGACUAAGAAAGUUUCAAGCUCACCAAGAACGAUUGAGAAGAAAGUUUUCGCAAGCCAUGUGAAGCUUCAAAACUGCAAGCAGACAAAAUCCCCGGCACAGAGCGAGGUAAUCAUGGACAAAGUUGUUAAAACCCCCACAAACAUUAACAGUGACAAACAAAGUGUGGUUAAGACGAGCAAACUCCGGAAGAGUUUUGUGGUUGUAAACAAAUGUGAUGUUGAGAUUGACGGAUCGCCUGGCUCCGUCGAUUCUUUCCUCGAGAGCUCCCCAACCAGUGUGUCGUUGAUCAGUGAACCAUUUGUCUCGAGGAAAACUGAAUCUUUGUCAGGAUCCCACGACUUGUUUGGUUUUGACAGUCUGAUGGGUGACGAUAUUGAGACGACACGACCACCUUCAGUAUACUCCGAUAAGUCUGCUACACCUACCAAAGAAAUCAGUUCCGAAGAGAAGAAAUUUUUCUCAAUCUUUGAUCCCAAGAAGAAAAUGCAAGAGCCUCAAUCAAAUUCCAGCUCACUGUCAACACGGAGAUCCCUACGGUCAUCCCCGAGAUCCUCGCCGGGCUUCAAAUUCACCAAGGAUACAGAUGGGAUGGAGCAAAUGAUUAUUGACGCUGGUCAGAAGAAGAUCGGAGCCAUCCAGUGCGAGACCUGCAACAUGCUGUACAACCAGGGCGAUCCCAGUGACGAGGCAGACCAUGCCAAGAUACACCUGACAUUCAUGAGUGCACUCAGCUUUCCUGGUUGGAAGAAAGAACGGGUUGUGCAGGAGUUUCCAGACGAUGGCGGAAGGAUUGUUGUUGUCCUGUCACAAGAUCCCAAGUAUGCAACAAAGAAGGUGGAGGAGAUCAACAGGGUGAUGAGCAUGGACCUUGGAUUCCCAGAACAGACAGUGUGGUACAAGCCACACCUCAAGGUGUUUCUGUAUGUCUCAGACGAGAAGGAAGUGCAAGGGUGUGUAGUGGCAGAGUCCAUAACAGAGGGUUACCGAGUUAUUCCCGAGAGCCAGGGAGGCGGGAGUCAGGUGAUCUCCCGUACUGGGCGGCCCUGGUGUUGUGAGACGGAGCCAGAACCCGCCCUGGUCGGAAUCAGCAGGCUGUGGGUGUGCAACAUGUACAGGCGUAAAGGGAUCGCCUCUCGACUUGUCGACACCGUCAGACAAGUAUUCGAACAUGGUGUCCUCAUUGAUAAAGACGAAGUUGCCUUCUCCGACCCCACAACUGAUGGUAAACAGUUCGCCACAAAAUACAGUGGCACACCAGCCUUCCUCGUAUACAAGUACAUGUAGUCAGUGAAGAGACUUGUUACUAUGGUUACAAAGGACCAGGAUCAUUUUCUUGUGUUACCAUGGUUAUGGAGAACCAGGAUCAUUUUCUUGUGUGAACAUGGUUAUGGAGGACCGGGAUCGUCAUCUUGUGUUACCAUGGUUAUUGAGGACCAGGAUGAUCAUCUUGUUACCAUGGUUAUGGAGAACCAGGAUCAUCAUUUUGUGUUACCAUGGUUAUUGAGGACCAGAAUCGUCAUCUUGUGUUACCAUGGUUAUGGAGGACCAGGAUCAUUUUCUUGUGUUACCACAGCUAUGGAGGACCCAGAUCAUAAUCUUGUGUUACCAUGGUUAUGGAGAACCAGGAUCAUCAUCUUGUGUUACCAUGGUUAUGGAGAACCAGGAUCAUCAUCUUGUGUUACCAUGGUUAUGGAGGACCAGGAUCAUCAUCUUGUGUUACUAUGGUUAUUGAGAACCAGGAUCAUCAUCUUGUGUUACCAUGGUUAUAGAGAACCAGGAUCGUCAUCUUGUGUUACCAUGGUUAUGGAGAACCAGGAUCGUCAUCUUGUGUUACCAUGGUUAUGGAGAACCAGGAUCAUCAUCUUGUGUUACCAUGGUUAUGGUGAACCAGGAUUGUCAUCUUGUGUUACCAUGGUUUUGAUGGACCGGGAACCACAUCUGGGGUUUCUGUGUAUCUAUUUUGAUUAUGUAUUCUUGUCAGUUAGACCUAAAGCAGAGACUGCAUGUCUCCAUUCGAAUAGGUUCAACGUAAUACUUUUGUACUGUGUAUACAUCUUGUGACAUUAAGUUUUUAGAAUAGUCAGCACGAAGGUUUUGUUAUUUAUCGUUUUGUAUUCAAAGAGCUGCAUUUUUACUGGGGCAGAUUUAAGAAAUAAACAUCUGACUGCCCUUGUGGUCCCUCCAGUGUUAAGAGAACUGUACCUCUGUAGCCAACAGAGCCACAAGUAAACAAUAUUCCUCCAGGCGCUGUUUGUCCAUUGAAAGCUAUUUAUGAUUUAUUAAUAGGUAUAUAAAUAAACUGAAAAAUGACUCUGAAAA